AUGAAUGGGUACACGUUGCGCGACGUUCUCAGUCUCGUUGAUGGAUUGAUAGUGCGCGAGGAGUGCGAAGACGGUGGGAGCGAGAAAGAAAAUGAGAAAAAUGAAGAGAGUGAGACAAAUAAAGCAAAUGGAAACGGGAGCGAUAUAGAAAAUGAAGAAAGAGAAAAUGAAGUAAAAGAAGAUGAGACAGAAAAUGAAGGGGAUAGAGGAUAUGGAACCAAGAGUCUCAAUGGCGAAAUUCGAAUUAACGAAACCAAUGCCACUAUACUAGGGCUUGCGCUUGGGUCGACAUUCACAACUGCGAUGGAAUUGGUGGGAAACCAAGCGGUGGCUGUUGUGUUGUUUGCAACGGGGGAGAUCACUGCGACCGCUAAUUCUGCAACCCUGACUGCGAAAUCCUCCGCGAAUUCUGCUAACCUCUCCCUAACCGCCGCCGCAUAUCUUGCCCACCUCGAGACAGACUACACCAACAAUCGCUAUCCCAUUUGUGUUGGUGUUCCCGCCCUCACAGUAAACGACAAACACUGCACCCACGUCGUCGACCUCACAGCAUGGUACUGUACCUGUUACACCCCCUAUUGUGCCCACCUCGUCGCAGCCGCUAUCGCCGUUCGCAACCGUCUCGUGAGCGCGCGCCACCGCACCUGCCCAUCGCUACCGUUGGGCCCAAUCACUGGCGCACUUAACGACAUUUUAUUUUCCUGA